AUGGUCGCCGCGGGGAGCACCAUCGCGCGGGGAGCUCCGGUGGCCCGUGGAUGCGGUCGUCAGCGCAGGGAGUGGCGAGGAGGGAGCAGCCAAGAGGAAGUGGCUAGGAGCUACCUUGGCUGGUGGAAUAGUUCGUCGGUAGGAGGGAGUGGCGAGGAAGGUCAGUCGCCGGAGUCACAGCUCGAGGCCGUCACCAUGGCCGGGAAGAAGGACAACAAGUCGGCGGCACCCUCGUCUUCGGCGAAGGCUGCCAAGACCGGCAGCGGGAAGCAGCAGCAGAAGAAGAAGAAGUGGAGCAAGGGAAAGCAAAAGGAGAAGCUCAACAACGCUGUGCUGUUCGACCAGCCCACCUACGACAAGAUGCUGUCCGAGGCGCCCAAGUACAAGCUCAUCACGCCCUCGGUCCUCUCCGAACGCCUCAAGAUUAAUGUGUCCCUGGCUAAGAGGGGCAUCAAGGACCUCAUGGCAAGGGGGCUCGUAAGGGAGGUGUCGCUUCAUUCCAGCCAGCAGAUUUUCACCAGGGCAACAAACACAUCGUCGAGUUAA